AUGAUUUUUCUAAAGCUUUUUUGUAUUUGGUGUUCUUCAGGAAAUUGUGAGGUGAUGCCGACAGUCAGAGAAUGCAUUUGUUGCAACGAAGUGCAGAAAGUACGCAGCAGAUAUACUUCAUACAGACAGUUUGUAAGAUGGUGUUGGCAAUUCUUUGGGAAAGAGGUACGGGUAGUCAUUUCUUCAUGUGCAGUAUUACGAAUCAGGAGCACAUUCCCUUGCAUGAAUUACACUGGUUUCCAGCAGUGA